UCAUGUAACUAACGCGUUGGAUUACACCAACCAUUAGAAAAUCAAACAAAUGAAAGUCUUUAAAAAAAAUUGCCCUUUAUUUUCUUUCAAAUCUUCACACUUGUGUAGAGAUCUUUCUUUUUCGCCAUUACUUUUUUUUUUUCUUUUCCCUAUUACCAAAAAAAUGGAGAAAUUAAUCCAAGAACAAAAGAAGAACCAAACCCAAGACACCGAACUGAUGGAGGAAAAACGUCAAGAACAGAAGCAAAGCCAAACCCAAGAGGCCAAACAAAAAAUGCAGAAGACCCAAGAGGGCCGGCAUCUUGUAUGGGACUGUGGUAGUAGUCUUUAUGACUCGUUCGAACUCAACUCUUUGAAGCGUCAGCUCGACUCAGCAAUCCAUUCAAGAACCAUGUCCAUGCCCCAUUUAGUCGAUGCUCGAGCUCCUCCUCCUCCUCCACCACAAUCUACCCUUCCCCCUUCAGUUUCCAAGAAGCAGCCUUCCAAGUUCUCUCGCUCGAUUUAUAAACUCUUCAAAUCCAUGUUCAAGUUCAAACAAAGUUCAAGUUCUUCCGUUUUGUGGCUGAAACAAAGAUCGCACGAGGAGUACUACGUGGUUUACGACAAGACAGGUGCACUGACAACGAUCCCCGAGGCUCCGGAGAUUGAUUAUGGAAGGCUUUCGCCAGAGAUUAACUCGUUGGCUGUUAAAAGAACUGCAUCAGAAAGGUUCACUACAGCCUCCACUAUCGGUUUUUAUUGUGCUUGAUAUACAAAAUAUAAAGUAGGCUUAUUCAGAAAUAUAUUUAUGAAUAAACGAAGACGUGAUCAAAUAGUUCGUCUAUAUUUUGAUCAUUUUUUAAGUUUUUUUAAGAUGUUUUGUUUCUCCUUAAGAUUAGGUUACUUGAAGUUUUGAACAUUGACCUUUCAUGUCUGAAUUAUAUAUGAUCAUCAGCUGAAUCUCUUUAA